CCUAUCUACUACCGUACCCUAUCCGACUCUGAGUAUCUAGCCUUGCGCACUGGAUUGGAUUCGUGAGGAAAGGCGCCAGCUGCCAGCUUAGCUAAGCAUCCAACAAAAAGGUCUGUCCUGAGGGAAAGAAUUUCUGCAUCAUGGGCUCCAGUGCUCUCGCCGCGCAUCAGUCGCUGUGUUUUCGUCCGUGCGCAUACGCUCAGGGUGUGAGCCGCCCUUCCGCAGACAGCCGGCAAUCCUGUGUUGCAGGGCUGCCAGCUCUGAAGAAGUCCGCAGCUCCUUCAUUAAAAAGAGCUCUCGCAUCAGCAGACACAUCAUCUGGGCUGCGCCUGAGGAGUUCCUUUGCUUCGGGCUUACCUCUCAGGUGGACGCACAAGAGCGGGCCGUGCCCAUCUGGACAGAGAAGCUGCUCCCCUUCAAUAGUUUGCGCGGGAGGGGUUGCCGACAUUGGGGAUGCUGACUUUGAAAGUGAAGUAGUUGAGUCGCCGCUUCCGGUGCUGGUAGAUUUCCAUGCCAGCUGGUGUGGGCCUUGCAAGCUAGUAGCACCACUCAUGACUUGGGCAGCAGAGACAUAUGAUGGGAAGCUGAAGGUGGUGAAGGUAGACGUGGAGGCAAAUCCGAAGACCACCGAGAAGUACAAAGUAUACGGCCUCCCAACCGUCCUUAUUUUCGAAUCCGGAAAGCUCUUAACUCACAAUGAGGGGGCCAUUACUAAAGCUAAGUUGGACAAACUCCUGAAGGAGAAGCUUCCGGUGCUUGUAUAAGAGAUGCGGAGACUGCUGCGUUGUUAUUUUUUGAGUUGCCUUAUCUUCUGGGACGCCUUUGCACAAUACUGAUAAAGAAGUGCCUGGGUCACUGGGCCAGAUAUGUAAGUCAAUUUUGCGAUUGCAUUGCUCUAUUCAGACCAUCAUAGCGCAGCCUCUGUCCAAUGUAGGCCUUCAGUAGGUUCAUGUGCAUUUGUCGAAGCCAGUAGUCUCUAUCUCUCUAAGAGACUUGUUUGCUGGUAAUUGAGUGUUUCCUGAAUGUUGGAUAGAAGCGGAAUCACAACUAAGGCCCAAAGAUCACAUGCUGCACAAUAGCACCC